UUUUCUUUUUGCUUUUCUAGCUCGCUGACGAAUCCAACCGCCUCUCCAAUAUUCUUCCCUCUCUCUCCCCUUCCCUUCGUCUUCCCUCAACUCCGGCUGGAACCCAGGUGUCGCCUUCUUCCUCUCUCCACGUUGCCUCCCUAUGGCCAACUCCUCCCAUCCCGCCAUCUACUUCUUCAAACUCGACUCCUCCUUUUCCACCUUCCUCUACACCACCACCAAUUUCCUCCUCCACCGCCGCUGCAAAUUCCGAUUGCUAUAAAAAAAAGCUCAAUUGACAACAUGAACUUAUACGUUUACGUUCUGGAAGCCAGGGAUUUGCCGGUGAAGGACGCCUUCGUCGUGAAGCUCCGGGUCGGGAAGCGCAAGUCCAAGACCCGGGUCCUCAGAAACACAGCUAACCCGGUUUGGAACGAGGAGUUCAUUUUCCCUAUUCACGCCCAUGACGAUGAGAACUUGCUGGUCUCCGUCUUCACCCAUCACGAUGGUGCCGGGUUGUUCGGUGCCGGGUCGGGGGAUUUGGUCGGCCGGGUCUCAGUUCCGGUUGGCUCGGUUGCCGGAGAGCCUAAUCAGACGCUGCCUCCUACUUGGUUCUCACUCGAAUCCCCAUCUGCCGGCAAGCAUGUUCAUCUUGAUUCCGGAUGCGCAGGCAAAAUUCUUCUGUCUAUGUGUGUGAAUGAUGAAACCCAUGAUUCCCCUAGCAAGCACUUCCUUUCCUCUGAUGAGGAUGUGAAAGAACUUGAAACCCAUUUGGGGUCAGGUCAUGGCACACAUUGCUCCAAAGCUCAGCAUCACAAGAUAUCAGGUGGUAAGAAGUUAAUGAAAGCCAUUGCUCAUAGUCUGGAAAAGGUUUUCUCGAAGCAUGAAGAAGAAGGCUCUCCUAGUCCUAGGCCAGAUCAUGAAUCCUCCGAGUUAAACAGUGCUUCGGAUUACCAGGAUUGCACCGAUGAUGAACACCAUCCAUCAGCUGUUACAUUUGAAGAGGGUCUUUACAUGAUGGACUCGAUGGAAGAGAAACAGGACAUGCCUGAUAACUUACAGGGAGGUGUGCUCAUAGACCAGAAGUAUUUACUAUCUUCUGGUGAGCUCAAUAGGUUUCUUUUCGAGCCUGGUUCGCAGUUUAGAAAGAAUCUUGCAGAGUUGCAGGGAACACAAGAUGUGGAAGAGGGACCAUGGACUUGGAAAUCUGUUGGUCUCACUCGUACGGUUACUUACAUUAAAGCUGCGACGAAGUUGGUGAAGGCUGUGAGGGCCACGGAGGAGCAAUCCUAUGUGAGAGUCCAUGGUCCAGAAUUUGCUGUGCGUGUUAGUGUAAUCACGCCAGAUGUUCCAUAUGGUAACACGUUCAGUGUUGAGUUACUGUACAAGAUGCUGCCUGGACCGAAGUUAUCUUUAGAAGAGGAGUCUUCUUGUCAACUUAUCAUUUCAUGGGGAGUUACGUUUCACCACAGUACCAUGAUGAAAGGGGUGAUUGAAGGCGGAGUUAAACAGGGGUUGAAGGAUAGUUUUGAUCAGUUUGAGAAUCUGUUAGGCCAGCAUCUCAAGGUGAUGGAUUCAGCGAGUUCAUUAUCAGACAAGGAGCAUAUGCUUGCAAGUUUGGGGGCCGAACAUGAGUCGGAUUGGGAGUUAGCAUGGCAGUACUUCUGCAAUUUUACAGUUGUUUCCACUUUUGUUAUGGUUCUUUAUGUUUUGGUGCAUAUAUUAUUAUGCGAGCCUAGCAAAGUUCAAGGACUCGAACUUUAUGGACUUGAUUUGCCGGAUAGCUUUGGACAACUUGUUAGCUGUGCUAUCUUGUUCAUCCAGGUGGAACGUGUUUACAAUAUGGCUGCUCAUUUCAUCGGGACAAGGUUGCAUAGAGGUAGUGAUCAUGGCAUUAAAGCACAAGGUGAUGGGUGGGUUCUUACUGUUGCAUUGAUUGAAGGGACCAAUUUGGCAUCAAUUGGUUCAACAGGUCUUUGUGAUCCCUAUGCGGUGCUAACUUGCAAUGGAAGAACAAGAACAAGCUCCAUCAAGCUUCAAACUAGUGACCCCCAGUGGAACGACAUACUUGAGUUUGAUGCCAUGGACGAACCGCCUUCAGUUCUAGACGUUGAAGUUUUUGAUUUUGACGGUCCAUUUGACCAGGCCACAUCACUUGGGCAUACUGAAAUCAACUUUUUGAAGCACACAGCCACUGAGUUGGCAGAUAUAUGGGUGUCACUCGAGGGAAAGCUUGCUCAAUCAUCUCAAUCGAAGUUACAUUUGAGAAUAUUUCUAGACAACAACAACGGCGUCGAGACCAUCAAAGAUUAUUUGACCAAGAUGGAAAGGGAGGUCGGGAAGAAGUUGAACUUAAGAUCACCUCACAAGAACUCAGCAUUCCAAAAGCUUUUCGGGUUGCCACCAGAAGAAUUCCUCAUAAGUGACUUUACAUGUCAACUAAAGAGAAAAAUACCCUUGCAGGGCAAGCUCUUCUUAUCUGCAAGGAUUUUAGGGUUUUAUGCCAACUUGUUUGGUCACAAAACCAAGUUUUUCUUCCUUUGGGAGGAUAUUGAUGACAUCCAAGUACUCCCUCCAACUCUUUCAUCCGUAGGCAGCCCUAUGCUGCUCAUAGUUCUGCGGAAGGACAAAGGAGUUGAAGCAAGGCACUGGGCCAAGUCCCAAGAUGAACAGGGGAGGCUGGAGUUCUGCUUUCAAUCAUUUGGCUCAUUCGGUUUGGCCAGCAGGACGAUUACGGCUUUGUGGAGAACAAGAACACUGACCCCUGAGCAGAAAGCACAAAUAGCUGAGGAACAAGAGCUUGGACACGAAGGUGACAGACCUGUUAUGGUUGAGGACUCCAUACCCAUUAUGGAUGUUUUUGAAGAUACCAAAAUGUCAAAGAUCUACUCUGAAGAGCUUCCGAUUUGUAUAAAGGAGCUCAUGGAGAUGUUUGAAGGAGGGAAGAUGGAGCACAGAAUCAUGGGGAAAUCAGGAUUGCUCAAUUAUGCAACCACCCCUUGGGAAACCAUGAAGCCGGGUGUCCAAGAGAGGCAUGUCAGUUACAAAUUCAACCGCCAAGUGUCCAUCUUUGAAGGGGAGGUCAGUUGCACCCAACAGAGAUCGACCAUGGCAGAUGGCAGCGGUGAAGGGUGGACUGUGAAUGAGGUCAUGGUGCUUCAUGACGUCCCAUUUAGUGACCACUUUCAUGUGAACUUGAGGUAUCAGAUUGAAAAAUCUGGACUUGCACACAAUGCAUGCAAGUGUGACGUUUACGUCGGGAUCACGUGGCUGAAAGCGACCAAGUUCCAGCAGAGGAUCACCAGCAACAUAACCGACAAGUUCUCCCAGAGGAUGAGGGAGAUCUUUGAGCUGGUUGAGAGAGAGAUUCUUUUCGGGAUUCAACACGAUUCUCCUCCACUUUGACCGACUCGGCCACUAUCUCUAGAGCAGUUGAAAAUUGAAAUGUUGUAUAUGCACUCUUUACUAAGGUAUCCUUUAUGUUUCCAUUUAGAUCGGCAAGUUCAGAUAAAAUUAUGCUGUUUGUUAAAGCUCGGAAAUGUGUUGAUAGUCUCACAAGUAGUGGUACUGUUGUCUCUGGAACAGGAUGGUCAGACAUAAAACCCCUUUAUUAUUACUUCGUUUUUCUUCAUUGUAACACCAUUUUUAGGAGUUUACUCUUGAAUGUAACAACAGUGCAGUACACCAUGUGUAUGUACUUUACUCCUGUGACUGUGAGUUAAUUAGUGUGGACUUCCCUUGCAGGAGGGGAAUGAAUGGAUGGACUAAGGUAUUGUGGCUGCACCAGUCGUCUCUGUUGACAAAUAACUUGAAGCGUACAGCCUCUCUUUGGCCUUCUUUACCUGUAAGGUCCAGAAUGGGGAAAAAAAGGACGGACCCAAGGAAAUGUUCAGGACAAAAACAAUACCAGCAGCAUUCAAGCAGAGCAGAGAAUUGACUGAAAGGCAAGGAAGUAUAUGAUAAAAAUAUGGGUAAUGAGUACUUGUUUUCCCCAGUUUGUGUUCAUGGUAAUGGCGAAUAGCAGACAGGCUUGUAAAGAACUCCCGCAGAUAAUACCCAUCCACAAACCCUGCACAUUUAGAAGCAUGUCUCAGCAGAAAUAAGACGAAUUGUGGAACCAUGGUUUUGUAUCUGCAUUACAGUACUGUACCAUUCCGCGGAAACCGAAAACGAAGGCCAAAACCAUGGCUGCAGGGAGGCCGGCCAGGUAGUAAGCUCCCAGGUUAACAUAAGUUCCGAUCACCUGCCACCCGCACCCUCUCGCAACACCUGAGAAAACGGCCUGCAUUGCGUCCAUGAAGUUGGAGAGGGCGAGUACAGGGAUGACUCUGGCCAUGUAGGCGGCCAACUGUUGGUCGUUGGUGUAGAGGAAACCCCAGACGUCGCGCACCGAGAUCAGAAUGAGGCUGAGGCAGAGGCCCUGCGCCAUUGACAGGAAAGUUCCCGCCCUCACCGCCACCAGAGCCGCGUUCUGCCGCCCAGCACCCAGCUCAUUUGACACCCUGGUGCUGACUGCACUGCCGAGUCCGAAGGAAAUCCUGAAUGCUACCGACGUCGUGCUUAUGCUGAGGGACAUCAUGGACGUUUCGAGCAUGGGAUUGGGGAGGAGUCCCGACAUGAACACUAGAAACUCGUACGACCACAACUCCAGGCUGCAUCUAGUGUCAAAUUUUGAACCAAUGAGAGCAUGCUGGAUAAAAAAUAAAUUCACCCCGAUAAAAAAAGUCAUCUCUCUAAGCAAGUUCAAAUCCCUUUUGUAGGCAGUUUUAAUAGGGUUGAAAAUUGGUCCGACUCUGAUCCUGUCCGACCCGCUCAGAAGGGUCAACUUAUAUAACUUACCUAUUCCACCCCUGUUUCCUUCUUGAUCAUGUCUGACCCUCAAUGAUCGGUGCAUGCCAAAUCGGUGGUUGGAACUAAUUUUUUGAAA